GCUCUUUGCCGACGCCAGCCAUUAACUAGUUAUUUAUUGUUAACUAACUUUACUCCGUAGUUUAACAUGUAAGAGCUUCUUCCGCUUCCGAGUGCCCGCCUCCCGCCCGCAGAGCCGUUACCACAGACGCCGUUAUUCAUCUGCUUCGCCGUGGAGGGGAAGGGAUAAUUAAAAUCGUUUAUCCAACGUGUAACCUCCAGAAGACAGAUUACCCCGCGCGUUGUUAUUAUCUUUCGUUGUUGCCGCCCGCCGCUGCUGCUCACGCCGUGCUAGUUUGCUUCGGCUUUGCUCUCCGCGCCUUGGUUUGGCAUAUGUGCUCCAUACCAUCGGGUCUAUGGCAAGCUGCGAAUCUUGCUAGUUGUCCUCCAGAUAUACUGAAAAUUCUCCCCGCGGGCCCCAUAGUCCGCCGCUAUUAUCUCCUCCGUGUCCACCGUUUAUGUUGAUUCCAGAGCCGGGCUGGGGCUUGUUGCAAGAGAGAAAAAGAGAAAAUAUUCAUCUCAACUUGACUUCUUACUCCUCUGCUGCUGUGUCACGUCCUUCCUGCUGCUAAACAUAUUGAGAAGGUAGAGAAGAGUAAGGAAUAGUAAGAACUAAUCGUGUUCAACUGCGUGGAGGGGCAUUUACACACACAAUGUCAUUCUAUCUGCGGGUUGCGCGGGGCUUCUCCAACCCCUCAAAGCACCAACAAUUCCUCGCCCGUGCCUUCUCGAGCACCCUCCGCCGAAAUGAAAUCAAUAAAGUCCUUCCCUCCGCUGCGGAGGCGAUUAAGGACAUGAAAUCCAAUUCCACACUCCUUGCCGGCGGGUUCGGCCUCUGUGGCGUACCGGAUACUUUAAUCGAAGCUGUACAUGCCAACAAGUCCAUCACCGGCUUAACCGCUGUCAGCAACAACGCCGGCGUCGACGGAGCCGGCCUGGGUUUGCUCCUAGGCAGCGGACAGAUCAAGAAGAUGGUCGCCAGCUACGUUGGAGAGAACAAGACCUUCGAACGCAUGUAUCUUGGCGGCCAGAUUGAGCUCGAAUUAACUCCCCAGGGAACCCUGGCGGAACGUUGCCGUGCCGGCGGUGCUGGGAUCCCGGCCUUCUUUACCCCCGCCGCAUUUGGAACCGUCGUCCAAACCGGCGACCUACCGCUAAAACACAACGCGGACGGCACCGUUGCCGCUUACGGUGCGCCCAGAGACGUCAAGGUCUUCGAUGGCAAGAGCUAUGUCAUGGAAGAAGCCAUCAAGGGAGACUAUGCGUUCGUCAAGGCCUGGAAGGCCGAUAAACUCGGCAACUGCCAGUUCCGCUUCGCCGCUGCAAACUUCAACGGUGCCAUGGGCCGCAAUGCGAAGAUGACCAUCGUUGAGGCUGAGAACAUCGUCGAAGUCGGUGAGAUCGACCCGGCCGCCGUGCACCUGCCGGGCAUCUACGUUAAGCGUGUCAUCAAGAGCACGGCGGAGAAGAAGAUUGAGAAAUUCACUUUCGCCAAGGAGGAUGGCGAGGGCGCGGAUUUGUCUGCGUUGGGUAAGGGGGACACUGCCAGUAAACGGGAGCGUAUCGUCCGCCGCGCCGCCAAGGAGUUCAAGAAUGGCAUGUAUGCGAACCUGGGCAUUGGGAUGCCCAUGCUUGCUCCUAGCUUUGUGGACCCGUCUAUUGAGGUGCAACUACAAUCUGAGAAUGGCAUUCUCGGGUUGGGCCCCUAUCCGAAGAAGGGCAUGGAGGACGCAGAUUUGAUCAACGCGGGCAAGGAGACGGUUACGCUCCUGCCUGGUGCGUCUUGCUUUGGUAGUGAGGAGUCGUUUGGCAUGAUCCGUUCUGGACGGAUUAAUCUGACGAUCUUGGGUGCUAUGCAAGUUAGUGCGAAGGGUGACUUGGCCAACUGGAUGCUCCCUGGCAAAAUCAAAGGCUUCGGCGGCGCCAUGGACCUCGUCUCCAACCCUAGCGCCACCAAAGUCGUCGUCACCAUGGAACACACCGAUAAGAAGGGCAACCCUAAGAUCCUCAAGCAGUGCGAGUUCCCGCUGACCGGCCGGGCGUGCGUGAGCCGCAUCAUCACCGAACUCUGCGUGUUUGAUGUCGAUUUCACAAACGGCCUGACGCUGAUUGAGCUUGCGGAUGGCGUGACGGUUGAUGAGGUGCGUGCGAAGACGGAGGCCCCGUUUAAGGUUGCGGAUGAGGUUAAGCCGAUGCUGUGAGUUGGGAGGGAGGUAGGAGAUGGAGAUGGGAAUGGGGGUUUUGAAUGUUGAACGAGUGGGUUAACUAUUUUGUUUUCGUUGGGUUUUAUAUAUCCAUUUACUGUUUGUCCUACUUUUUUUCUUUUGUUAUUUUUUUUUUUUUUUUUUUUUUUUUUUUUUUUUUUUUUUGGAUGGGUUUGCUUCAACUACAUAAGGAUAUAUCCAUAAAAGACGGCGUGCAUUUUCUUAUUUUAGUGUGAGAAUCGCAUAUUUUCAUAACCCACUAGAUAAUGAUUCAAUAUAUCAAUCCAAUGUAGUUCUUUUUCUAGAUAUCCUCAUA